AUGGCUAUCAGCUUUAAAUAUUGGAAUGAAUGUAUUGACCCCUUGGACAUGCAAGCACUGUGGAAUGUUCCUAAUGUGAGUGCUGAAUGGGAAGAUGCUGGAGAGACCAAAGGGCAGAAAGUUCACCUCUCACGUGAUCCUGAUGGACAGGUUUAUUUGACACAGACAGAGAUGAAGGCUGUGGCUGAGAUCAUCGUUCGCAGGCAUUUUACUGGAAAGAUAGAUGCUGAAAUGAUUUGUGCUAUUGCUGAACUUGAAAGUGAUAGACAGCCCCUUGCUCAGCGGUAUGACAAAAAAGCUAAGGCCACUCACCUAGGGAUCAUGCAAAUUUUACCAAAAACUGCUGAUUGGCUGGCUAGUGAGAAGGGUUACGGGGCUUAUCAAUUGAAAGGGAAUGAUAGUCUCCUGUUCCGGCCUUUUGAAAAUAUAUAUUUUGGUGCUGCUUAUCUAAUUUGGUUAUCAAGCUUUGACCAGAAAGAAAGGAGUGAAGAAUUUGUAGUUAGGGCAUAUAAAGGAGGUACCAAAAAGGCAACUCACAAAUCAACUUUGAAGUAUUGGCAACGGUAUCUUUCCGUCAAAGAAUCUCUUCCAUCCAGAAAAAGUCUUGAAGGUCGUAAAUCUGUGGAAGAGGUUUCUGCUUCUCUUGCCCUUGCUAAAAAGUCUGCUUCAUCACAAAACACAGUAUUACUAACUCCUAAGCCAAGAAAGCUUUCAGGUGGUACGUACACAUAUUGGGACUCUGUAGCUUCUCCAGAAGACAUGGAAGACAUGUGGAAUCAUCCUGUAGUCUCUAAAGAGUGGACUCUAACUGGAGAGAAACAGGGACAAGUGCGCUUCUCCCAAGAUGAUAAGAAAAGACCAUAUCUUUCUCGGAUGGAACUGAAGGCUGUGGCAGAAAUCAUACUCAUAAAGCACUUCAGUGCAAAGCCACUUAAAGUUUCAGUUCUUUGUGCUCUAGCAGAGAUCAUAAGCAUGCGAUUCCUGAGUGGCAUUGGACCACGUCCUGGUAUAAUGGGAAUCGAGUAUUCUACAGCUGUAUGGCUUUACAGGGAGAUGGGCUUUAGGGCAUAUAGAAUUAGCUCUGCUGAUGAUCUUUCCAAGCCAUUUGUGUCUAUGUACUUUGGUGCAUCCUAUUUAUUAUGGUUACUGGAAUGUGAAGGAAGGUUACAACCUCCACAGUAUGUUAUUCAGGCUUAUAUCUCAGGGCCAAAGAAUGUGAAUCUUCAGGAUACAGGUCCUGAGUAUCUCAAGUUUGAGGAAGCCUUGAGCUACUACGAAGAUACAAAAGAUACAAAGCGGAAUCCUAGGGAUCAAGGGAGCUGCACCAUCAUGUAA